AUGUCGAAGAAAUUCACCCCGACUCAAUGGGCAUAUUUCACCUAUGAGCUGGAAGCUCUAGGUGUUCUGGAAGUGCUCACCAAAUGGCUUGAUGAGCUGACUGGUGGGCGAAAAUUGACUGUGGUCACUGACCACAAGGGCCACACAAACAAAGUGGCUGAUGCCCUGUCGCAAUACUAUGAAUCCUCGUCAGACAAGGAUGUCCACUACGACGAUUACAUAUCUGCAGAUAUACGGAUUGAUAAAGAGGGCGACGACCUGCCCUUGGCAUGUGCUGAAGAAGCACGAGAAUUAUUACACCUGCACAGGUUAAAACUGCAGUGCAUACGCCUGGAUCUCGAGGCAUCCAAGCUCGAUCCCCCUGACGAUCAUCAAGGGAGGAGGGAGCUUUCCCUCGAAGAUGUACUGCUGCCAUUGGCAGAACUACGUCCUCAUGUAGAGGACAAGGCUUUCAUCACGAGUGUGAAAGAUGGCUACUCCAAGCACACUGCUUGGAAAGGGAUCCUCGCAAAACCUGAGGAUUUCCCUAAGUUCUCAAUCGUCGAUGGCCUAAUUUUUCGUCUGAAUGAUUCAGGCAAACCACAACUUGUCCUCCCUGAAUCUAUUCAUAAAGGGGAGAGGAUUAUGGGCAUCGCAAUCGAGCACGCUGUAGGAGAAAUAACGGUCACACUAUGGAAACCCAUUAUGGAAAUAUGCCAGAUAAAUCACAAAACCUCAUACGACAAGUAG